GUAUUGAAGCAGCAGGUGCGGGAGUUCUUGCACAUCUUUCAAUCGGAAAAGGGUCUCAUGCGACAAAUGCGCAUCAACGAAAAGAGAAAGGAAAAACUGUAAAAUGAAGUUUCAUCUGUUUCGAUUUUUUUCACACGGUCAAUAUGGCAUCCGUAUCGCCGAUGGAUUCGGAUUUCAUAGCUGUGCAUUUACUAUAUUUUACGAUUUCCCUCGACUGCCAUUCGAUCUUCAAAGAACGUACGCCCGCCACUUCCAUUUUUAGCCCGGUAGUUUCUUGGUCCUUGCGGCCUGCCAAGGGACAAACUCCGAAUUUUGUGAACAGCGUUUUUCUGUUAUUGAUACCUAAACCUAGCAAUAAAAAAGAAAAUCAAGAUGAUCAAUGUCGACAUUAGCAACUGUUUGAAACCGCAAGGCUACGUCGUCGACCAGCGAAGCGAUGCCUGCGCAGGUGCAGUCUUGUUAGUAUGCAAUAUUUGAACAGAAAAGCAACAACGUCAAGCGUUAAGCUUUGGCGAAGAAUGAUCGCAAUCAAAAUGAAAUGUAGAAUAAGAUGAGCACUGUGUAGAAUUUUGAAUGCACUUUUUUUCGCUACAAUGAACACAGCAGGGCCGCUCCGAAACCCGUGCCUG